AUGACGGGACCAACCGUUCUGAUGGUGGCGGAAAAGCCCAGUUUGGCCAAGUCACUGGCAUGGAUCCUUUCAAACCACUCUGCCACGAGUCGCCCUAGUCGCUCCAAGAGCUGUACCGUUCAUGAGUACUCUGGCGACUUUAUGGGCCAGCAGGCUCAGUUCAAGUUUACCUCAGUGAUGGGCCACGUCAUGUCCCUUGACUUUCUACCUCAAUACAACAAUUGGGAAAGAACCCCACCGCGCGAGCUGUUUGAUGCUGAGACCGAGAAAAAGGACGCCAAUCCCAAGGCUCACGUUCGUGAGGCUCUGCGCUCCGAGGGCAAAGGUGUGGAUUACCUGGUGCUGUGGCUUGAUUGCGAUCGCGAGGGCGAGAACAUUUGCUUCGAGGUUAUGGACAUUGUACUGCCUGUCAUGAACCGUUCGGUUCGCGGUCAAACUGUGUUCCGAGCCAAGUUCUCGGCCAUCACGGAGAAGGACAUCAAAGCGGCCAUGCGGACCUUGGUCGCUCCCAAUGAGAACGAAUCCUUGGCCGUGGACGCGCGUCAAGAGCUCGAUCUUCGCAUGGGGUGUGCAUUCACCCGCUUCCAAACCCGCUUCUUCCAGACGUUUACGCCCGAGCGAUACUGGACCAUCGACUUGCAGCUCGAGCACGAUUCAGGGUUCUUGCGGGCGCAGUGGGAACGAGUGCGCGUCUUUGAUCAAGAACUUGGCCGUGUUUUCACCAACCGUGUCCAAGAGGCUUCUUCGGCGCGCGUUGUCAGUGUCUCUGAGAAAGAAAAGAAAAAGCCACGCCCAAAUGCUCUCAACACCGUCGAACUCAUGCGCGUUUGCAGUGCUGGCCUUGGCAUGGGGCCACAGUACGCCAUGGCCAUUGCUGAGCGACUCUAUAUGCAGGGAUACAUCAGCUAUCCUCGCACUGAGACGACAGCUUAUCCAGAGAACUUUGAUCUCGUUAGCGUCUUGAAGGAACAGCAAAACUCACCCAACUGGGGCAAAGAGGUCAAAGAGCUGUUGGCGGGAGCCAUGGUUCAACCCAAGGGUGGCAAAGACGUUGGCGAUCACCCCCCUAUCACGCCCAUGCGGGUAGCGCAGGAGAGUGACCUAGGGGGAGAUGACUGGCGCGUGUAUGACCUGGUGACGCGCCACUUUAUUGCCACCCUAAGCCCUGACUGCAAAUAUUUGACUACCACAAUUGUGCUGGAUGCGGGUGGUGAGGUGUUUACCAUCCAAGGCUCGCGCACGCUUUCACCCGGCUUCACGGCUGUCAUGCACUGGGUGGGGUCUGCUGAGCAGCAGACGGUGCCUUCGCUGCCCGAAGGCGCCACCUUGCGCAUCAAAUCAGCAACACUGAGUGACCUCAUCUCUUUAAUGGAAAAGCAUGGCAUCGGCACGGACGCGUCCAUUCCCGUGCACAUUAACAACAUUUGCGAACGCAAUUAUGUUCAGAUUCAAGCGGGCCGAACGCUCGUCCCUACCAACUUGGGCAUUGUGAUGAUUCACGGAUACAAGACCAUCGACCCAGAUUUGUGCUUGCCUACCAUGCGAGCAGCCGUCGAAAAGCAGCUGGACCUCAUCGCAAAGGGUCAGGCUCCCUUUGAUGAUGUUCUGGCGCACUUCAAACUCUUGUUUCAACGCAAGUUUGAAUUCUUUGAGGCCUUUAUCAGCAACAUGGAUCAGCUGUUUGAGGUGACGUUCACCCCACUCAAGAGCACGGGCAAGCAGCUCUCGCGCUGCGGCAAGUGCAACCGUUACAUGAAGUACGUGUCGGCCAAGCCACAACGACUGUAUUGCCCUACGUGCGAUGAGACUUUUGCCCUGCCACAAGGCGGCAAGAUUGUGUUGUACAAGGAGCUUCGCUGUCCACUGGACAAAUUUGAGCUGCUCAUGUUCACAACGGGCACCACGGGUCGCGCAUACCCGCUUUGCCCCUACUGUUACAACAACCCACCGUUUGAAGACAUGGACAAAGCCUCUGGCUGUAACGACUGUACGCACCCGACUUGUGAGCACUCACUCAUUCAGCUGGGUGUAACCCAAUGCGAAUGCGGCGGCCAGCUGGUGCUUGAUGCAUCAAGCAAGCCCAAAUGGCGUUUGUGUUGCAACCGCUGCAACAUUGUCAUUCGGUUGUUUGAGAACGCGCACUCUAUCAAGAUUACCAAGACUCCGUGCGAAGCAUGCGGGGCAAUGGAGGUCGACGUGGAGUUUAACAAGACGAAGAAUCCGCUCAAGGAUGGCACGCUAACGCGGCAAGGGUGCAUUUUUUGCCACGAAGACCUGGCUCCCCUAGUGGAGUUGGCGCAUGCCCAGCGCAUGCGGUCGCGGGGUCGGGGCCGAGGUCGGGGCCGAGGUCGGGGCCGAGGUCGACGUAUGCCCAAGGGCAAGGAGGCACAGUUGGCCAAUUACUUUGUGUAG